AUGAACAACAAAUCAAACAGCAAUAACAGUAGUACCGUCCUAUCAUAUUUCAAAGUUAAGAUUACUACUAAAAAAGAAAUAAUACUGGAUUCAAGCAGUAGCAGGUUCACUGGCUCACAAAAGAGUGAGAAGACAUCGUACCCUGUUCACGUCGACAUAAAGAGUGUCGAUUUUAAGAAUUCGAUACUCUCUGGAUACCUUACUAUUUCUGGUUUAACAGAGAAAUAUCCUGUUUUAACAACAUUUUUCGAAGCAGAGAUUAUUGGCGAUAAACAUUCAUUCCUCACUAGAAAAUGGGAUGCCAACGAAACGGUGGAUAUGGAACACUGGAAGCAGUUCAGUCCCGCUUUCGAUCCGUACAUCAACAAGUUUAACAAAGAUGAUUUCAAACCGGAUUUCACCAAUAGCGACUACAUUUUCAUGCGUUGGAAAGAGUAUUUCUUGGUGCCCGAUCAUCAUGUCCGCAGCAUAGAGGGUGCAUCCUACGAGGGAUUCUACUACAUCUCAUACCAGCGCUCAACUGGUACCAUCAAAGGAUACUACUACCAUCAUCUCAGUGAGUGGUAUCAAUCAUUGGAGCUCAAACACGAAAAGAGCUUCCGUUAUUAUUCACCAUCAACAUGUUGUAGAUUAAACUAUGAUAAAACCAAUGUACAUAUUCCGAGUUUCAUCAUAUCUACAGCACCCAAACAAACAGAAGAGCAACCGACAAGUUCAUUAAAAAAUAAAAUGUUAUCUUUAUAUAGAUCAUCUAUUAGAUUAGGUAAUAAUAUAUUAAGAUACAAUAAUAAUGUUCGAAUACAACAAAAAUCUGUAAAUGUAGUUGAUUCAACUGAAGUGGUAGCCAAUUGUGCCAUGGUUUCUAAUGGUUCAGUACACGUUCAUUCAACUAUAGCACAACAACAACAACAACGUAGUUUCUGUAGUAAUUCCAAUAAUAAAUUCAAUCAAAACACUUUGAAUCAAACAAUUAUACAUCAGCAAUUGCAGCAACAUCAAACUAGCUAUGUACAUCGUGUACUCAGAUCAAAGUUGUUCAUCCCAAUGCAGAGAGAUCAACCACUAGACAAAGACAUGCUCAAAAGUCAACUUCUAAUGCAAAAGACUGGUAUGAUUAGAAGAGCAUCACUCGGAAUGUACAUGACAUUGCCGCUUGCACAUCGUGCUCUUGAGAAUCUCAUCAAGAUCAUCGAUCAGGAGAUGAGCAACAUUGGUGGUCAAAAGUUAUCAAUGCCAAAGUUACUCUCAAAGGAGCUCUGGGAGAAAACAGGUAGAUGGGAAUCAUCAGGUGAUGAAUUAAUAAAAGUUAAAGAUAGAAAAGGUGAGGAAUAUUGUUUAGCACCUACACAUGAGGAGAUUUUCACAUCGAUGCUUGCAAACGAGAGAAUCGCAACCAAUAAUCUACCAAUGAAGUUGUAUCAGAUCGGUGAUAAGUAUCGUGAUGAGAUAAGACCGAGAUUCGGAUUGCUGAGAGGUCGUGAGUUUCUCAUGAAAGAUAUGUAUUCGUUCGACAAGUCGGUGGCCGAUGCCGAGGAGACUUACAAUCUCGUAAAGACUGCGUAUCAUCGAAUAUUCUCGCGUCUCGGUGUCAACUACGCGUGUGUCGAAGCCGACAGUGGAAACAUUGGUGGAUCUACAAGUCACGAGUUCCAAAUUAUCACGGAUGUCGGUGAGGACACCAUUGUCAGCUGCUCGAAAUGCGGACAUUCCGCCAAUCUCGAGAAAGCCGACGCCGAAUGCGAGCCACACCCCGAGAAAUCACCGAUUCGCGCCAGUUUCGCCAUGCUCAAAAACAGUGCCGGCGAGACUACCAUCAUCCAACUCUGGACAUCUAGCUCCGACCAACCAAAUCUCCACUCUACUAAAUCACAUUUCUCCAACAUCGUUAUGUUUGAACCGAUCGAUUCCAAACAAAAAGAUGCAUUGCUUGCGAAAUCACCAAAUACUCCGAUUCGUGUUUUCAUUGACCAGUCGAUUCAAAACAAUUCCAACUUUGAAAAGAUCUAUCCAUCGAUGUCGUCGUCUUUACAGUCAUUUACCGUUGGAAGAUUCCGCGAGGUGAAGGAAGGUGACCGUUGUGUCCGACCAGAGUGUACUUCCGAUGCCGAGAGAGGAUUGAUGAAGUUCAAUCGUGGUAUUGAAGUCGGUCACAUCUUCAGACUCGGAACCAAGUAUUCCGUUCCACUGAAAGCCAAUAUAAAGAAUUCCGAGGGUGUCGACGUACCUAUGGAGAUGGGAUGCUACGGAAUUGGAGUGAGUCGUUUGAUGGCGGCUUUGGUGGAGGCACACAAAGAUUUGGACGGAAUCGUAUGGCCUAUACAAGUGGCACCCUACAAACUUAUCAUUUUGCCAUACGCCACCGAGUUGGAAACAGAGAAUUUGAGGAAAGCAACAGAGUUGUACGAUUAUCUAUCAAAGGAGCCAUCUCUGACCAAUCAAAUCAUUUUAGAGGAUCGUUUGGACAUUACAUUCGCCAGACGUAUAAAAGAGGCAACAAUCAUAGGAGUGCCAUACAUCCUCUUUGUAACACAGAGCAAAACCAGAGAUCAAGACGUUUACGAACUGGAGGAUAGAACUACCGGUGAGAAAUCAUUUUUCAAUAUGGUAGAAUUACUUUAUUUCUUUAGAUUUAAAUUAUCAUAA